AUGGAGACGCAUCACGGCAGACAAGUAAUUAUGUCGCUCACACAUCCUCUUCUUGUUCGCUGGAAAAGCGAUGAUCGUGACGUCAAUGUGUUGAUACGAUUCAAGGCCAAGAUGGAUGCUCAAAGCGAUACAAGAUUGAGGAUACAUGCCUGGAUGAUGGGUACACGUGAUUUUUCAUGGACACUACAACGGUGUCACUACCGCAUUGGAUUCAAGCAAGACAACCUCUUCUUGUACAAGCGUGAUGAACAGCAGCCCUCGUUUUGUUUCACAACGGAGAUCAAAGCAGAUCCAGCAGUCCGAAGGCUAUAA